CGGCCAACAGAGUAGCCCAUGGACGCGGUAGACCCGUUGUCAUGGUUCCGAUCGAAACCACGUGCUCUUGAUGACGACGGGAAAAUUGACUGCGUCGAGACAGUGACUGCGGCAGAAUUGUUCGUAGGGGCCGAGAAAGGCUGGCCACGUGAAGAGUCGCGCAACAGGCUUUCCAAUUCAUGCACCCGACAAUUCGGGCUGCAGCACAAUUCUGUGGACUCUGUAUGCUGCGCUAGCUAGCUCUCGGCAUUUGUCAUUUUGGGCUUUUUUAAUCACGAUCAUGGGCCUCUCCCCGUGCCUACGCUUUGCACAGGCCGAUCUAGCGUCCUGUACAAUCGAGCUUCUUACCUCUUCGAGCCCGAUGUUACCAUCGCUGCAUCCAUCUCCAAAUUGUGGGGCUCCCCGUGCUUUUGGUUGUUUUACUUUCCGCUUCUAGCUCUUCUCGUGUCUGACCGUGUCUCGUAAUUAUUGAAGAUGAAGUGUUCUUUAAGCAGGAUACCUUCGUCACAGUUUCUGUCUGAGCUUCUGUGAGGUGACGCAUGUCGCUGUCAACGACGAGGACAAAGACCUUCGAGUGCAGCGGGAUACUGCAAUCUUCUGUGUCCUGGAAAAUUUGGAACUACGAUUUUGUGGACCACGAAGAGGUUCAGACUCCUCGAAACUUGUAUGGAAGGAUAGACAGUGUAGUGUGCACAGACAAAAACCUUUUCAUUUGCGACGACACAAGGGAAGAAGAUGACAACUGUCAUGAUUGCUGCUAAAUCUUGCACUAGUACAAUCCAAUCGCCGUUAUUGUAGAUAAAGUUUCAGAGCCUUACUCCCAUUAUAUAUAUACAAAAACAUUACUCAUAUCGUUUUCUUAAUAAAGGCCUACCACCUUAUCCUCAGGAUGAGGAGAAGUUU